GGGGCUGUGUUUGGGGCAGGAGAUGGGGGCAGCGCUACCCCUAUGAAUAAUGUAGAUCGUUUUCAUCAUGAGCUGAACAUAACAAGCAUAGCUAGCUCGCGCCUCUAUGGGCAACAAUUCGGAUCCACGAGAGAAGGAAUAUGGAAAUAAAUCUAUAUCGUCUUCAAAUCCGAAAGUGACUUCGAGCAUGGAGACAGGUUUGCUAGCGAAUCAUAAACUGAAAAAUGUUGGUGGCGGAGAUCCCCCUCCUUCGUCUCACCACCACACACCUCCACAGCAACAGUCGCAACCAUUCAAUCAAUUCCAACAGCAUCACCAACGUCAAAUUCAAAACAACAACAUUAGCAACCAGCAAUCAGCGCAAGGAGACUUCGGGAAUCGUCAACAUGGAGGAAAAGAGAAUAUUUUGGGGGACCAAACCGAACGCCAUCAGCAAUUACUGAAUAAAAGUGAAGAGGAGGACCGAUCCUGUAAAACGGGUGAUCGGAUGGGCAGCAGGUACGACCACAGCAACUUGGGACCAACGAAUAACAACAUCAACCAGUCCCAAAGUGGGAACACUACGGUUUCUGAGUUUAAUAAUUAUUAUGGGAAUGGAAGAGGAGGGCCUUGCUUUGAUCAACAUGGCGGACAACAAAGCCCUGGGACGGGGAUAAUGCAUUCGGCACAAAACAGCAUGGAUCAAGUACAAAACUCUCACGAAGGGUAUCAUAAUAACCCCUACAACCACUAUCCGAAUUACAGACCUGGCUAUGGUGGCACUGGAUAUGGUAUGAUGAGCCCCUCACGGCAGGGGAACAACAUGAUGGGCCCAGGUGGUAAUACGACUUCAGCUAGUCAUGGAAAAGCUGCCAUGGCUACAGCCUCGGCUUCUGGUGGUGGAAAUGUCGGGGGUUUUCAGCGAUUUCCUGGACAAAAUCAACAGCACCCGUCGGGAGCUACCCCUACUUUGAACCAGUUACUGACAUCUCCAAGUCCUAUGAUGCGAGGAUAUGGCAGUGGCUAUCAAGAUUACAAUAAUCCCUCUGCACAACAACAACAAUCAAGCAUGGGCUUGAGCAAAGAAAUGAGCUCUCAAUAUGCCCAAACUUCUCAUGGUUGGGGAGGACAACAAAGAAAUCAUCCAGCAAUGAGCCCUGGGAACAACGGUCACGGUGGCAACAGAGCUCAGGUGACGCCCAUGGACGCCAUGGCGAUGAAGCGCUCACAGCUGUACAGCAUGGGGAACAGUCCCUACGCCCAGCAGCAGCCCGGUGGGGCCUACCCAGGCCAGCCAUACGGAUCGCCCGGACCGCACCGCUAUCCAAUGGGAAUGCAGGGGCGGGGCCAAGUGCCCAUGGGAGGCAUGCAAUACCCUCCACAGCAGCAGAUAUCGGCGCAGUAUGGGCAGCAGAGCAUGGCUGGAUACGGCCAGCAGGGCCAGCCUCCAUAUUUCAGCCCAUCUCAACAACAGUUACAGCAACAACAGCAGCAGCAACAGCAACAACAGCAGCAGCAGCAGCAGCAACAACAACAACAACAACAACAACAACAGCAACAACAACAACAACAACCGCAGCCACCUACGUCUGCCCCCACACAACCCCCGUACAUGCAGUCCAGACCGACACCUCAGCAACAGGACACUCCACAGGAGGGCUACAGCAGCAGGGGCCAGUCGACGACGAUGACUCCAGGGAAGCCCAACCACGAUGAGAUGGGCCCCAACCAGCAGGACCGACCCUCCAGCCUCCCCGUGAGUCUCCUACUCUCAGCAGGAACAGGCCGGUCGCAGGGGGUCAUAGCAGAUCUUGAGGACCUGUCGGGCUCCAUCGAUGACCUGCCGACGGGCACGGACGCCGGCCUGAGCUCGGCGGUCAGCGUCUCGGGCUCCACCAGUAGCCAGGGCGAGCAGAGCAACCCGGCGCGGUCGCCCUUCUCGCCGCACGCCUCGCCGCGGCUCUCCAGCCUGCGCAGCGGGCCCUCGCCCUCCCCCGUGGGCUCGCCGGUGGGCUCCAGCCAGUCGCGCUCCGGGCCCAUCUCCCCGGCCAGCGGGCCAGGCACUCAGAUGGCCCCGCAGACCCCUGGAAAUAUGUCAGAUGUGGGCUCUCAUUCCACUCUGAGUCAGUCACCCAUGUCUCAGGACAGAGGUUUUCCUCCCAGCAUGCAGCGGGGUGCCCCAGGGCCCCAGUUUGGUGCCCAGCAGCAGCAGCAGGCACAACAGCAGCAGCAGGCACAACAGCAGCAGCAGGCGCAACAGCAGCAGGCGCAACAGCAGCAGGCGCAACAGCAGCAGCAGCAGCAGCAGCAGCCUGGCGGACCCUCCAUGUCCCCACACCCCUCUCCAGCCGGCCCCAUGCACCACGGCAUGGGCCCCUACCCCCACCAGGGCGGCCCGCCCUACGGCCCCCAGACUGGGCAGUACGGCCCCUCAGGUAAUUACCAACGGCCACCCAACUAUGGAGGCACCCCCGGUGCCAACUACAGUGGCCCCAGUCCUGGCAUGGGCAACAGCCUGGGCAUGAACGCCAGCAGCCCCAUGCACGGGCAAGGCCCAGGGCAGCACUGUGGUUCCGUCCCCGCUGGGAGAGGGCCAGGGCAGACCACAGGCGGGCGCCCCUACCCAGGCAGCAACAACGCCAACAACAUGGCGCCCACAUCGCCCAGCAUACCACAGCCGGCAGGACCGGGCAUGGGUCCACCCCUGCCGGGGGUCGGUCGGAAACCCCCGGAACCCGGAGCAGGGGGCAUCCAGGGCUCCCCCUCAGUCGGACAGACCAGAGGCUGUUCUACCCCAUCUAGGCCUCCAUUCGCCAGAUCUCCGGUCUACCCCAGUCAGCCUGGGCCAGGGGGUCGACCCGGGCCCCUCUCAUCGCCCCAUUCCCACCAACAACAUCCCCAUCCUCACCCGUCCCACCCUCACCCGUCCCAUCCUCACCCGUCCCAUCCUCACCCGUCCCAUCCUCACCCCCACCCCCAUCCACACCCCCACCCCCACUCUCAUCCCCACCCCCAUCCCCAUCCCCACCAUCCUCACUUCAGCGGCCCCCCCACCCAGCCCCAGCCCCAGCCCCAGCAGCCUCCUCCCCUGGGGCCUCAGGCUGAGCAGUACGGGCCGGGUGGCUAUCCUGGCAUGCCUCCUAUGGGCCCAGGCGCCGCUUUCAAUCAGCCGCCAGCUAGCGGCUCCGGUAGGAUGACUCCUCAAGGGCCUCCAUACAACACCCCGCCGCCAGGCCCUAUGCCCAUGCAAGGUGACGGCCCAGUGUCCGCAAAUGCUAAGCAGAGGGUGGAUCCUAAAGACGGGGGUGUGGUUCCCUCUGAGCCUCCCAAACCCAAGGACAGCUACAGCUCUCAGUGUCUGUCCCAGCCCCCCACCCCCUCCCCUCUGUCCCCCAGUCCUGCUAGUCUGUCCUCCUAUCACGGCGAGGAUAGCGAUAGCAUUAGCAGCCCUGCCUGGCCAAAGACCCCCACCAGCCCUAAGCACAGUUCGGCCACCAUGACCAACGAGAAGAUCACUCGUCUGUACGAGAUGGGCGCGGAGCCGGAGAGGCGGGCCUGGGUGGACCGCUACCUCUCCUUCAUGGACGAGAGGGGCACACCGGUGCCCCUCCUGCCCGCUGUGGGCAAGAAGGCUCUGGACCUGUUCCACCUGUAUGUGUGUGUGCGCGAGAUUGGAGGCCUGGCUUUGGUGAGCAAGAACAAGAAGUGGCGGGAGCUGUCCACCCGCCUCAACGUGGGCACGUCCAGCAGCUCGGCCUCCUCCCUGAAGAAGCAGUACAUCCAGUACCUCUUCGCCUACGAGUGCAAGGUGGAGCGCGGGGAGGAACCUCCGCCAGAACCGCAGCAGCAGCAACCACCACAGGCGCGGAUCCAGCCACCGUCACCUGCCAACUCGGGCUCCCUGCAGGGCCCACAGACCCCCCAGUCUACAGGCAGCAACUCCAUGACGGAGACCCUGGGCGACCUGAAGCCCCCCAGCCGAGCCACCACCCCUCACGGUCCCCUGACCCCACAGCAAGGCAGCAGGACUGGGGGCGUGAGCGUGCAGGACCCUUUCUCGGAGGGCAGCGACCCGGCGUUCCAGAAGCGUGGCCCUGUGCCCCCUGGCGCCCCCUACCAGCAGGGCGCAGGCAGUGACGCAGCCAUGAGGAUGGGCUUCGAUGGCAACAAGGACCCGUACGGCGGGCCCAGGAAAGGUGGCAGUGAGCCCUUUAUGCCAGGCCAGAUGCCAGGCAGUGGCAUGCAGGAGAUGUACCCCCACGGACCAGCAGCGGGGAUGGGCAUGGGCCCCCGGCCACAGUACCCCUACGGCCCUGGUUUUGACAGGAGAGGUUCGAUUGAUGACGUGAAAAGCUCACUGAGUCCUGUGUCCAUCAGACCUGAUCAUGUUAUGGGGCCAGAUGGAAGCAUUGUGCCCCCUGGAGGCCAGAACAACAAUGAUCCCAACAUGUUCCCUGGCAACAGAUACCCUGCACACCAGAGGCAUGGGCCUGAUGGCUAUGGGCAACAGUACCCACAUGGAAUGCCGUACGGACCACAUGGAAUGUAUCCACAGCAGCAGGGCUACAAGCGUCCUGGUGAGGGGAUGUACGGCCCCCCAGCGAAGCGUCACGAUGGAGGCGAGGGCUACAGUGCGCAGUACGGCGGUCAGCAGCCCGAGAUGUACGGGCAGUACGGCGCGGGCUACAUGGGGCCGGAGAGGCGCGCGGCCAUGCAGGGCCAGUACCCGCCGUACCCCUACGCCCGCCAGGGCCCCCCUCAGCACGGCAUGAUGAGCGGCGCCGCCCCCUCGGUAGCCUCGGGCCCUGCCGCAGGCCCCCAGGGCAACAUGUGGCACCCCAGGACUGACAUGGGCUACCCCUACCCGGGCCGCCAGGGCCAGGGGCCGCCCUUCCCGGGCAUGGGUCGCGCAGGAGAGGACGUGGACGGACGAGGGCCCGGUCCGGAUGGCGUGUGGCCCGGGCAUCCCAGCCAACGGCAGUCCCCUUACCCGCAGCCCUCCUCCUCCUCCGCGGUGUCCUCCGCAGGGCCCAUGCCGGUCAUGACCAAUCGGCAGCCCCCGUCCUCCUUCCAGUCCCCGCCCCCCAUGCCCAAUCACAUCUCCCGUGCGCCCAGUCCGGCUCCGUUCCCCCGGCCCAUGGCCGGCGGCGCCAUGUCCCCGAACAAGGCCCACUUCAUGGCCUCCAUGAAGAUGCAGAAGCCCGGGAUGCCCUCGUCCAUGCCGGGCGCCCCGAGCGGGGGCAUGCCCAGCCAGGUGAUGCCCCCCAUCCACCGGGAGAUCAGCUUUCCCCCUGGAUCAGUGGAGGCCACCCAGCCCAUGCUGAAACCAAGACGCAGGUUCACAGCAAAGGAUAUCGGCACUCCGGAGGCGUGGCGGGUGAUGAUGUCCCUGAAAUCCGGGCUGCUGGCCGAAAGCACCUGGGCUCUGGACACCAUCAACAUCCUACUGUACGACGACAACACUGUGGGCUCCUUCACCCUCACCCAGUUGCCUGGUUUCCUGGAGCUGAUCGUGGAGUACUUCAGAAGGUGCCUGAUUGAAAUCUUUGGGAUCCUGGAGGAGUAUGAGAUUGGCACUGAAGGCCAGAAAACCCUCCUGGGCCCACUUCCUGUUUCCACGGAGGAGGAAGCCGCCACCCCCGAACCCGAGAGCCAGUCACCACCUGAGGAUGUCGAGGAGAAGAAACCAGAGGCGGAAACAGAAGUGCCCUCUGUCUGCAACUCGGAUGAAGUCGUCGCCGUUCCUGCGGAGAAGAAGGAGGAAGAGGAGAAGACGACGUCUGAAGAAGUGGUGGUGGUGAAGGAGGAAGCUCAGGAGGUCGAGCAAGGGGACGAGGCUGCUCAAGAGCCCCCGCCCAAGCAGGCCAGCAAGUACGACCGCCUGCCCGUGAAGGUGGAGGAGCGGGAGAAGGAGGAGGACCAGGUGGAGGACCGCUCGGAGCUGCUGGGCCAGGUCACCGCGUUCACCAGCGGCCUGCUGCACUGGGAGGCAGGCGGGGGAGACUCCACCAAGCACAUCCAGACCCACUUUGAGCUGCGGACCGAGGUGACCGGAAGCGACGCCACAGCCCAGGGGCCCAAGCCCAAGCCCGGAGGGACCGGUCCGAGUGACGACGCGCAGGAGAAGGAGAGGAGCGUGACCGCCACCAUAGACGAAGUUCUGGGCUCGUGGGCCGCGGAGGGGGCCGACGGAGACAUCGCCGCGUUCCCGAUGUUCUCGUUCGCCGACCGGCCGAGGCUGGGCAACCUGAUGGUGAUCGAGGACGAGCCCCGCUCGUGGGACGAGGCGCCGCUCUCGACGGCCGAGCCCUGGCAGGACGCCCUGGCGCGCCGCUGCGUCUGCGUGUCCAACAUCGUGCGCGGGCUCUCCUUCGUGCCGGGCAACGACGCCGAGAUGUCCAAACACCCGGGCCUGGUGCUGCUCCUGGGCCGGCUGGUGCUGCUGCAGCACGAGCACCCCGAGAGGAAGAGGACCACCACGUCGGCCAUGUUGGCGGCGGCGACGGCGGCGGCGGCGGCGGCCACGUCGCCCGGGUACCAGUGCGAGGAGGAGGAGCGCGGCCGGGCCUGCAGCAAGGACGAGUGGUGGUGGGACUGCCUGUGGGCGCUGCGCGAGAACACGCUGGUCACGCUGGCCAACAUGGCGGGCCAGCUGGACCUGUCGCUCUACCCGGAGAGCAUCUGCCUGCCCGUCCUGGACGGCCUGCUCCACUGGAUGGUGUGCCCGUCGGCCGAGGCGCAGGACCCCUUCUGCUCGGCGGGCGCGCUCUCGGGCGCGCUGACGCCGCAGCGGCUGGCGCUGGAGUGCCUGUGCAAGCUGAGCAUCCAGGACGCCAACGUGGACCUGCUGCUGGCCACGCCGCCGCUCGGCCGGCACGAGCGGCUGUUCGCGGCGCUGGUGCGCCACGUGGGCGAGCGGCGCAGCCAGGUGUGCCGCGAGAUGGCGGUGGCGGCGCUGGCCAACCUGGCGCAGGGCGACCCCGGGGCGGCGCGCGGCGUGGCCCUGCAGAAGGGCGCGGUGCCCGCCCUGGUGGGCUUCCUGGAGGACAGCGUGGCCAUGGCGCAGUACCAGCAGGCCCCGCACAGCCUGCUGCACGCCGGCCAGCCGCCGCCGCACCCCGAGCCGCCCAGCGUCAACAUGAUGUGCCGCGCCGCCAAGGCCCUGCUGGCGCUCGCCCAGGUGGAGGAGAACCGGGCCGAGUUCGUGCUGUACGAGAGCCGGCUGCUCGACAUCUCGCUGUCGUCCGUGCUGAACUCGAGCGUGGCCGGCGUCAUGUGCGAGGUACUGUUCAAGCUCGGCCGCUCGUGACCGACGGCGGCGGUUGCCGAUGGGGUGUAAAGAUCGCAGCGUCUCGCAGAUGGGGAAUGGGAUUAUAUUUUUAUUUAAAGAGAAGGAACGCGCAAAACAAAUUGUUUUUACAUACAAAUGAAUAUAUAGAGAAUAUAUAUAGCUCUUUGCCCCAUUCACAAUCUUCAUUUGGGAUUUUUAAAAAUAAUAAUAAUUUUAAUACAGAUAUUUAAUACUUGGUGUUUUAUUUCUUUUUCUAUUCUUUUCUAUGUGUUUGUGUUUUGCUUUUGUUUCUUUUUUUUUUCAUUUGUUUUAACCAAAGUUGGAUGAUAGGUCUGGUAGUUUGAGGGUAUUUUGCUCUUUAAAUGUUUUAUAAUUGUGGCUGUUAUUUUUCUGUGGGGCUUUUGUUUGUCUGUUUUUGGGGAUGCAGAUUUAUUUAAAUUGUAAGACAUGUUGUAGAUAGAAACUCUUGCCAUGUGUUUUAAGACAAAGAAGAAAAAAAAGAAAAAAAAACUCAAGAUAUACAUGUAUCCAGUUCAGAGGGGGAAUACGCAUUGUGCAAUAGGAUGCAGUCUGGCUUGUUGGAGGGAGAGGGGUAAAUCUAAUGUGAAUUAAUAUUUUAUUGACCACAGGCAAUAUUUUAAAACAUUUUGACCACCAGUAUUGUACUGUAGAGCCGUACCAGUAUAAGAGCAAGGGUUUUUCUUCUAUUUUUUAUUUUUUUUCCCCAAAGCGAUGGUGUUCUUGCCAGACUCACUCGCUUCCCUGUAAUACGCAUGAUCACAGACAGCCGGCUGAACAAGUGACCGUCUCUCUCUCCGUCUCGGUGGCCCUCCCCGUUGCCCCUGCUCCAUCCUACAGUACCCACGAGCCCCUUUGUAAAUAUGAUUUUUUUGGACAUGCAGCAGGGGCCCUUUUAAUGGUUAUGUUUGUCCUUUUUUUAAUCUCUAAGAGACGUGGUAUAACACAAGUGAUGACUUGAUGAAUUGAUUAUAAUGGUUAUUAUUACUAUACUGAUCGGUCACUGAGCAUUUUUGGUGACUUCUCUUGGGGUGAAGGGGGGGGGGGGGGGAGUUGCCUCUUCACCUCCCCUGUUGCUGUUACACCAUGACAUGUUAACAGGUGUGAAUGGCAACCUCCGUCAAGAAGGCUGUUUUUGUGUUUGUUUGUUUUUAUUUUGUUAAUUUGUUUUGUAAACCAAUGGCAGACCGUUUAAAAAAGAAAAAGAAAAAAAAAUGUCAAGGUGAUAUUUUAUUCUGGAUGGACUCCUGACCGGUGGUCCAGAAUGCUGUUGAUGCAGAGAAACAAUAGCAGAAUGACUUCAACAUGCAAAUUCCCACAAAUGUAAAGUCUAUGUAAACUCUUUCUCCAUUUGAUUUGAAGACCAUUGUUUAUUCAGUAUAAAGUCUUUAUACUACAUGUUCCACAUGUUAAAAAGUAAAUGUACAUGAAAUCUG